GGCAACACUAGCCCGGCAUCUGCCGUCAACCGACCUCGCUGCGCAUCACCGGCCACUCUUACUUUGGUUCAUUUAGGGCGAACUACGCCGCUUCUUCACCUGCCGCGGCUUGGUCACCUUCACCAGACACUCCUGCAUCCUUACCGUCCCCCAGACAGGUAAGACAGGAAUGCUGCUGAGAGUUGGGUUGCGUCAUGCCAGCCGGACUUCCUUCAAGCUGCCCCCUGUUAAGUUCAAGUAUGCCCAACAGUCUCCCUCCUCCUCCCCCUCAACUGAAAGCACACCUGUCAUCACCUCACCCGUUACUUGUGAGAAGAGGGAGCAACAUGAAAAUAAAAGAAGAGAGAGGCCACAGUGGAAAGAAAAGCCACGAGAAACACAUUUUAAGGACAAGUCAGGAAAUUAUACAAACAUGCAUGAUCCACAAAAGUUUAAGAGCAAGAACAGAAGCAGAUUUAUGGACAGAACAAGUCAGUCGGUAGAGGAAAACUUGACACAUUUGGGAAUAAACGUGUCUGGGGAAGUUAUUUACGGAAUCUACCCUGUCCUCCUCGCUCUCCAAGCCAAACGCAGGACAUUCCAUCAUCUGGUAUACAAAGACGGAUCAAAACCCUUGAGUGAAAACCUGCAGAACAUAGUGAGCAUCGCAGGAGAGCAGGGGAUUCCAAUAACCAGCUUGAAACCCACACGAUUCAAGAGGAUAUUCCCAGGAGACCAAGUGCAUCAGGGAGUGUGCUGUGAUGUGAGUCCCCUGCCACUUGUAACGCUUGAGGAGGAGUUGCUGGAGAUGCAAAGUGGAGGGAAGGCACAACAAGAAGUGGAAAAGAGUCGUCAGCUUUGGCUUUACCUUGACCAGAUACAAGACCCAAUGAAUUUCGGGGCAGUACUUAGAUCAGCUUACUUCAUGGGUGUUGAGCGAGUGAUUACCUCAGCAAUGUGCAGUGCCCAGAUCACCAGCACAGUGAGCAAGGCCAGCGCUGGUGUGGCAGAGUUGUUCCCAGUGCACAAAGUUGAGGACCCAGUGAAGCUUGUAUCAUCCCUCACACAUGCUGGGUGGGAGGUGGCUUCCUCUUCGUCACCAGCCAGUGGGGACAAGAAAAUUGCACUUAUUGAUGUCACCUCCUUCAACCCAAAAGGCAGUGUUCUCCUCAUUGUGGGUAAUGAGGGAAAGGGAAUUUCACCUGAGCUGCAGCAGAUGUGCCACACAGUCCUCACCAUCGAGCCAGGCAGGAACCUCCACCCUCACCUGCACUGCCUCAAUGUGUCUGUUGCCACUGCCCUCCUCCUCCACAGCCUCCGUCAGAGACUCACACCUCACAGUUCUUAGACACACUGAGGCCUGUAUUCAGAAACACUUUGCUCUUACCACCUCUAUUUUCAAAGGCCACAGAUAUGAUUAGCUGGGUUCUUGUGAAUCUGUUGCUCUUAGAAUCACAUAAAACAGCCUUGAAAAUCUGUCACUUCAAUUACAACCUUUUGAAAGUAGUGGUGUGGCACAGAAGUGUUUCAGAAUAUGGUCCCAAGUCUCAUGCUGCAAUGAUGUGGUCUCAUGUGCAAAGGUAAUGAAGGUUUCAAAUGUGACAGAGGGUUGAGAUAAAUUUCUGUUAUGGCUGUCCCCUUUAGAGGGUGCUUUGGAGAGGAGCUAUGGUGGUGUUACUUGGGCAAAGAUAAUAAAGGUUUCAGAUGUGAUAGAGAGGGUUGUUUGAAAGUUACUUCUCUACUAUGGCUGUACCUUUUAUAGGUCACUGAAGGGGUGUGAGGUGUGUCAUGCAUGUGUGUUUUCAAGUGAAUUAAUUGUACUGUUAAUGGAAUUUAUGAAUGUGAUGAAAAAUAUUGGGCAAGUAUUUCAUCACCAAGCAUCUAGCUGAUCUAUGACUUUGACAGAGAAUAGUCUCAUUUAGGUAAUUGUAAAAAAAAUACCAAAAUGUUUUAUUUAGGACAUAAGGAAAGAAAAGUAUGAUUAACAUUUUUCUGUGGAUCCAAACCAUUUCAAAACUAUGAAAUAUAUCCUUCAUUUGAAUAAUUUGCAAAAUGGAAAAUUAAUGUAAUAUGGGAAACUAAAAUUACUGAUAGGUUUUGUAUUCACAUUAUCAAAACCUUUCAGAAUGGAUACAAAAUGGCCAUCAGUGAUAUUUUUUGUUGCCAGGACAGAUGAACACCACCCAAGACAUCUGUGCCACUUCUGGAGCCACCAGUGAACACACACACAAUUCAGGGCAUCAGCACAGGACUUGUCCCUCAAUGUUAGCUAUGAGGAGCACUGGCAGCAUUGUCUAGUGGGGCUGGUUGUGCAAGGAUGCAGUCCAGGGCAGGGGUUCCCUCCAUGGACUGAGAGGUUGGUCAAGUUCUGUAGACAAAAAUGACGAAUCAAAAUUUGAGGGGCAAGGUUGGGCCCAACACAUUAAGACUGUGACUAGCAGUUGUUUUUAACUGCUCUUUUAAGUCUGUAGACUUAAGUCACAUCUCAUUUUAUUUAUUUAUUUUUUGUUGAUUUAUUUAUUUAUUCAUUUGCUUAUCAAAAGUAAAUAUAGAUGUAUAAAAUAAAUAUUCUUUAAUUCU